UUGUAUUGGAUUUACCGAUACCCGCUUAUUGGUCACACUGGGGCUUUGAUUAGAAAAAACUGACUCCAAUAAAAACGUGAGCCGUCUAGCCCAGCAGCUCUCUUCCCCCCACAAAAAACACACAACACUCUGUUUAUCCCGCAACCGAUAGCCACAAAAAAUCAGCAGGAUGUUCAUCUGGGACUGGUUCACCGGAGUGCUGGGAUACCUGGGUCUGUGGAAAAAGUCUGGCAAAUUAUUGUUCCUGGGCCUGGAUAAUGCUGGCAAAACCACACUAUUGCAUAUGCUCAAAGAUGAUAAGCUGGCGCAGCAUGUGCCCACACUGCACCCAACAUCCGAAGAGCUGUCCAUCGGCAACAUGCGCUUCACUACAUUCGACUUGGGUGGCCACACUCAGGCACGACGCGUCUGGAAGGACUACUUCCCCGCGGUGGAUGCCAUCGUCUUCUUAAUAGACGCCUGGGACCGCGGUCGCUUCCAGGAGAGCAAAAACGAGCUGGAUUCGCUGCUCACGGAUGAGGCGCUGUCCAACUGCCCCGUGCUCAUAUUGGGCAACAAAAUCGAUAAGCCCGGCGCGGCCAGCGAGGAUGAGCUGAGAAACGUGUUUGGACUGUAUCAGCUAACAACCGGCAAGGGCAAAGUUGCACGCGCCGAUUUGCCUGGCCGCCCGUUGGAAUUGUUCAUGUGUUCCGUGCUGAAGCGACAGGGCUAUGGCGAAGGUUUCCGUUGGUUAGCGCAGUAUAUCGAUUAAGUCAGAAUUAACAACCACCACCAUACCAUAUUUCAACAACACUCAAAACGAUAACUUGGCUACAAAAUUUAAACAUAAUUCGACAACAAAUCAGAACCGAAAGGAACGGAAAAGAAAAUGAACCCAACCCAAACCGUCAGACCUUAAGCAAAACGAAGCUGCGUGCGCAAUUUCUAAUUUAUACAAAAAAAAAUUACAAAUAUUUCAUAAUAAUAAUAAAACACAAAACAAAACAAUGUACAUCUGUAAUUAAACGACACCGUUUAAUCCAGCCACACACAACCACGUGAAAAAAAACACAACACAACAUCAAAGUGCAAACAACUUUUCUAUCUAAAACAUCGGGAUAAAAUAAUAAGGAGGAGAUGAAGGAUGAAAAGAGUGCGCAAGGGAAACUUUUAAUAAUAAUUAUGAAUAACAAAUUGUAGCAAAUUAAAGGUGAUUUAUUUAAGAGCAUGUGCUUUCAACGACGCUGUUCCAUAAAUAAAAUUUAGCUAUCUACCUUUUA